AUGGCUUUUUUCAUUAUCAUGAUUUUGCUAUUUUCAACAUUUGAUAACACAAAUGAAUGCUUACCAAAACCGGAUAUUAUCGAAAAGAAAACAUCAGUCAAUAUGGGAUUAGCGGAAGCAGUAAAUUCAGUUGAAAUGUCACGUACCAGAAGAAUGUGA